AUGGCUGGUCUGAGCAACUUCCGGGGCGAAGUCUACCACACAGGCGUGUGGCCGCAGUACGGCGUCAACCUGAAAGGUAAAAGAGUGGCGCAGAUCGGGACCGGCGCCUCGGGUAUCCAAGUCAUCCAGGAGGUUGGCGACAGCACGAAGCAUAUGACCAUCUACCAAAGAACGCCCAACCUGUGCUUGCCAAUGAACCAAUCUAAGCUUGAUCCGGAGAAGGAGAAGAGGAAGAAAGAGAGUGGAGAGUACGAGGAGGCAAUGAAGCAGACUAAGCAUACAUUCGCUGGUUUCGCUUACGACUUUAUGGACAAAAACACGUUUGAUGAUGGGCCCGAGGAGCGAGAGAAGAACUAUCAUCGCUUGAUGAAUGAAGAGGGUGGCUUUCACUACUGGCUCAAUACGUACAAGGAUAUGCUUUUCGUGCAGGAGGCGAACGAUGAAGCCUACAGUUUCUGGCGCGAUACCGUACGCAAGCGCAUCAAGGACCCUAAGAAGAGAGAACUCCUGGCUCCCGAGCACCCACCACACCCGUGGGGGACCAAGCGGCCGUCGCUAGAGCAGCGGUUCUACGAAGUCGUGGAUCAGCCACAUAUCGACAUCAUCGACGUCAAUGCCUCGCCGAUAGAGGGUGUAGAGGAAGGCGGCAUCCGGACGAAGAAUGAAGGUCUUGUUGAGGUCGAUGUGAUCGUUCUUGCAACUGGCUUCGACUCCGUGUCAGGGUCAUUAUCUCAGAUCGAUGUUCGCAACACCGAGGGCAAUCCGAUUGCUGCGCAUUGGAAGGAUGGCGUGAAGACGGGGAUGGGCAUCUCGAUCAACGGGUUUCCUAAUAUGUUCUUCCUCUAUGGACCUCAAGCUCCCACAGCAUUUGCGAACGGACCCAGCUGCACGCAGCACCAGGCAGAGUGGCUGGUCAACUUCCUCGUCAAGGCGAGAGAUGAUGGCAUUGGUAGGAUCGAGUGCACCAAGGAGACCGAGGAGGAUUGGCGGAAGAGGGUGCGAGAUGCGUGGGACGUUACGCUUUUCCCAAAGGCGAAAAGCUGGUAUCAGGGUACGUGCUCACCUGGUAGGGAUGGUCUUCCAAGCGAUGUGCUGACUGUUGUCGAGCCGCUGAAUUGGGCUGGCGGCAUGCCGGCAUAUCUCGAUGCACUGGAAAAGUCGCUUGAGAACGAGUACCAGGGCUGGAACGUCGACAAGGCCGCAGCAUGA